UAUAAUGCCAAAAAAGUGUUGCACAACUGGGCCUAUUCUCCUUAUUACAGCACAUCCAGACGAUGAGUGUAUGUUUUUCUCUCCCUUCCUGAUGUCGAUGAAAUCUAUGAAUAUUGAAGUGGAUCUGUUAUGUCUUUCCCGCGGCGACUAUUAUGGUUCUGGAGAACAGCGAGUGGAAGAAUUACAAAAGUCAGUUCGGGUUCUGGGAAUAAAUAGAGUAAAAGUGGUCAACGACCCACUACUUCCGGAUGAUCCUUCUGUUACCUGGCCUCUGCAUAAAACCACCAAGUACAUUAGUUCCACCGCCAAAGAGUGGCACUCCGAAUUAUUGGUGACAUUCGAUUCGUAUGGUGUGAGUGGCCACAGUAAUCACAGACAGAUUUAUAAGGCCGUAUAUAAACUGUGCUCUGUAGAAGAGCGUUUUGAAGCCAUCAUGCUUCGCAGUCACUUUGCGUUUAUAAAGUACUGUCUUCCUAUCGCCUUCCCUCUUACGUGUUUACAUUCGCCUAGCUUAACAUUUUAUUCUCCGUUUUGCUCUAUCUUCUCGGCACAUAAGGCAAUGUUACAACAUCGUAGUCAACUUAUGUGGUUUCGGUACUUGUACAUCGUAUUUUCAAUUUACAUGUAUGCAAAUACUUUUGAUGUUUUUCGUUAA